AUGUGUGCCGAAGAAAGUUUGCAGAGACCUAGAGACACCAUGGCAGCCACUCGACUUAACCAACCAGACCUGCGCAAGCCAGCUGAUUCCCCUAAAUCCAAAGGAAGAGAAAAUGCAAAAGAGACUCUCUGCAGAAAUGUCCUCAUCUACGGACACUGUAGAUAUGAGGACCAAGGCUGUUCCUUCAAUCAUGACCUUAAAAAAACACUCUCAAUUCCACCAGAUUCGAAAAAAUCCCUAAGCUAUGAUUCUCCUGCUUUCACGCCCGCCGCUCCUAUUGCAAAGAUCUCCUCCAUAUCAUCUCAAGCAGUAAAUGCCGUACCGUUUACACCUCGCUAUCAUAAUGGCACUGUGACUUCAAAUGUGCAGGAAUCUGAUUUUGUUGCGUCAUUUAACCCUGCGUCUAUCAAAGAGUUCAAACCCUCCAACUAUGAUGCUACUCAAUCUCUUGGCAUAAAUGAAGCUGUAACUGAUCAAUCUUUUGAUCCGUUCAACCUAAAUCCUAUUAGCCAGACUCUUCCACCAACCCCCUUCAACCCAUAUCUGGAAGAUAAUACCCAUGUAGCUAAUUCAGGGGGAUAUUUUCAGGCUCAACCAUCUUUCUCGAAUCUCGGACAACCCCUUCAAUAUCAUCUAUAUUCUCCCAUCGGUCCACACAGAGAGGACCUUCUUGCUUACCAAAGACUUGCACAUGACUUCUUCAUUGCUAACGACACGCGUGAGAACUUGCAAAAAAAGUCAGAGGCUACUCGUCAGAUCAUACCUAAUUCGCAACUUCCAACCGUCGAUCAUUAUCACACUCUGGUCCCGUUGGAUACCAAUCAUCAUGAAAGUGCGGCUGUUUUUGGCUACCCAAGCUGGGUCUACAAAGCAGUCUCUUCAAGAAACGGCUACACAUAUGUUCUGCGAAGAUUAAAAGGUUACCGUCUAAGUAAUGAAAAGGCUAUCCGAUCUGUGAAAGACUGGAAGCGCGUCGAUAACGGUGGAGUCGUAUCUGUUGUGGACGCUUUCACUACUCGAGCUUUUGGCGAUAGCUCUCUAAUAUUUGUAUACAACUACCAUCCACUCUCCAAGACUCUUAUUGAGCAUCAUCUCAGCAAUACAAAUCGAUACGCUAACCGUUUGGGAACCACUCCAAUACCCGAACAGAUAAUUUGGAGUUACAUUGUACAGAUUGCAUCUGCAAUAAAAUCUGUACACGAUGCCAAGCUCGCAGUCCGCUGCUUCGAUGCCAGUAAGAUUAUAUUGACGGAGAAGAACAGGAUUCGUCUAAAUGCGUGUUCAAUCUACGAUGUACUCCAGUUUGAGCAGAAUCGACCCUUAUCCGACCUACAGCAAGAGGACUUUGUUCUGUUUGGCAAAUUUAUAUUGGCUCUGACUUGCAACAGCUUUAACAUCAUUCAUCAAUCUAAAAUAAGUACGGACCAUUUGUCACGUGUAUAUAGUGCCGAAUUUCGAGAUACGGUUAUGUGGCUCCUUACGCCAGCGGUAGCACCCGCAACUAAAGAUAUUUGCGAUUUUAUUCGAGGGAUAUCCACUCAUGUGGUUACCUCCUAUGAUUCAUCGCUUCACGCAAAUGAUUCUUUGACUUCGACACUCUGCGGUGAGCUUGAAAACGGAAGACUCUUUCGCCUUAUGGCCAAACUUGGUGUCAUAAAUGAGCGACCAGAGUACGAAGGAGAUGUCAAAUGGUCAGAAAUUGGCGAGCGUUACAUCCUAAAGUUAUUUAGAGAUUACGUAUUUCAUCAAGUCGACGCUCAGGGUAAGCCAGCGUUAGACCUUGGUCACAUCCUCGAAAGUCUUAAUAAGCUGGACGCGGGCUCGGCUCAGCAAAUUAAACUCGUGAGUCGGGACGAUCAGGAUUGCAUGUUUGUAUCAUAUAAGGAGCUAAAGAAACAAGUUGAUUCCGCAUUCAAGGAGCUAAGCGGGCAAAGUGGAAAGAGCUAUCAACUUCAAUGCGUCUGA